AUGGAUUCAGCCAGGGUAACUGUAGGAAGUUUAAAUGCAGGAAUCCAAGGUGGUAAACCUCUUAAAAAUACAUUCAAAAAUCAAAUAAAGGAUGAAUUGCUUUUAAAUAAUUUUAAUAAAAAUGAUAUAUUAUGUUUACAAGAGAUUGAUAGAGAUUUUCAGGAUUUCGAGAACUAUGGAAAUUUAAAAAAUAAAACAGUUAUUGAAGAAUUUGAAGCUAAGAGUGGUACAAGACUCCAUAUUGUUUCGUUUAAACAUAAGGACGUUUACUUUGUAGUAAUUAAUUGCCAUAUACCACAAAAGAAAUCACAAAAUAGUGCUUCGGAAAAUUUUUUUAUUUUGGAAAGAUUGGUAUCAAAACUUAUUGAAAAAAAUAUUCCUUUUUUAAUUGCUGGUGAUAUAAAUCAUAAUAGAACUCAAAUAAAAGAGAAAUUAGGAAAUGAAAUUUCUUUUGCAAAUGAUAAAGAUAUAGAAACAACAACUGGUAGAAACUCGAUUGAUAACAUAAUGUAUUCCUCUAACAGCAAAUCAUUAGGUUUUAAAGUAUUGAAAAAUGCAACAACAUCCUCAGAAGAAGCAAAAAUCAAUCAUUAUGCUAUAAGAUCAACUUUUAAACUUACAAAAGGUACUAAAUUGUAUAAAGGUGAUAUCCAAAGAUUAUAUGACCUUUGUUACAAUCAAUGGAACCACCCAACUCAACAUAUAAAUAUUGUAGAAGAAAAGUCAAGAAAAAAACAAAAUGGUAAACAAGACAUAAUAAAAAUUGAAAUUCCCAUUCCUGAACGAUGUUCAAAGGUAAAAUCAAAAUUCAAGAAAAAAAACAACAAAAAAUGGAGUGCCAAGAAAUUCCAUAGAAAAUAUUUUGCUAAUGUAGAGUGUUGUUAUGCAACCUUGUUAAAAUUCUUUAGAAGUGAAACCAAUAAUUCAAAUUGCAAAACCGCAUUAUGUAAUUAUUUAAAAUAA